AGGGGACAACACGCUUGCCGGUGAAGACUAAUUCCAAGGGUCUCCUCUUCCGCGUCAAUAUGUCCACGAAAUUUACGACAGAACCAACACAUGCCUGGAAAUUUUUUUUUCUUUGCAUCUUUAUUUAAAGAGCUGAUAUCUUCCGUCAUAUGCAAUCUUUCAGAAGUAGAGGAAUGGCAUCCCUGCCAGCGUUCUUGCUCCAGCUACAGCUGCUGCUGCUGCUACUCGGAACAGCAGCGGUGGCAUCAACGAUUACUUGGUCACCAGACUGCCCAGCGACGUGCGGCAAUAUCUCCAUCCCGUACCCCUUCGGCAUUGGCCCCAACUGCUUCAUGGAAGGUUUCGAGGUCACAUGCAACGACUCGAAGCCUUUCUUAGGUGGCAACGUCGAGCUAAUCGACGUCGACUUGCUAAAAGGAAUCGCGCAUGUCUACGGGAACCUCAACUGGCAGUGUAACUACGGAAAAAACGCGCCCUCGGGCUUUUCGAUAAUGAACUUUACGGGGACACCCUUCAAGCUUUCUGACACUCGCAACAAAUUCACCGCUAUUGGCUGCAACACUUACGCGUACAUACUAAACUCCGAUGGACAGAAGUACGUCAGUGGAUGCUUGCCGACGUGCUUCAAUAUAAGCAGCGCCAUCAGUGGCUCGUGCAAUGGCUUGGGCUGCUGCCAGGCUUCCAUUCCCAAGGGGAUUGUCCAGUAUUAUUGUACCAUUGAUCCCACUGAUAGUAGCACCGGCGUCCACCAGGCGUAUCCUUGCAUCUAUUCUUUCUUGGCAGAUGAGAAAUGGUACAAGUUCAAGGCCUCUGAUAUCUCAUCGUUGGACUUCUACGAGAGAAAUAAGAACGGGGUACCUGUGGUGCUGGACUGGGCAGUAGGAGGCACGAGCUGUGAGAAAGUCAAGCUUAACACCACUUCUUACCUUUGUCUUAGCGAGAACAGCGAGUGUACUGACUCUCCCAACGGCCCUGGAUACUACUGCAACUGUUCGGUGGGCUAUGAAGGCAAUCCCUAUCUCUCCAAUGGAUGCCAAGAUAUAGACGAGUGCGCGUUUCGGGAGCAGUAUCCAUGCUAUGGAGCCUGUCGUAAUACCCCCGGGAGCUACACUUGCAACUGUCCAGAAGGCACCCAUGGAAAUGCUCUGAUAGCAGCAGGUUGCAUCAGAGAUGAGUCCAUUUUAGGCACAAUUUUUAUAACUGCCGGAAGUGUUGGAGUAGGCAUUCUUCUUCUUCUUGGAUCUAGUGUUCUGAUUUGGAGAAAAUUGAAGGAAAGAAAUGUGAAAAAAAGAAAGAAAAAGUUCUUUCAUGAAAAUCGAGGUUUGUUAUUACAGCAGCUUGUUUCUUCCGACGAAACUCUUGUUGAGAGGAUGAAAAUCUUCACACUGGAAGAGCUGGAGAAGGCCACCAAUAAUUUUGAUAGUGCUCGUGUUGUUGGUAAGGGAGGCCAUGGCACUGUCUAUAAAGGAAUUCUAUCAGACCAACGUGUGGUUGCUAUCAAAAAGUCAAAAAUAGCAAAUCAGAUUGAGUUAGAUCAAUUUAUAAAUGAGAUGGUCAUUCUUUCUCAAAUCAAUCACAGGAAUGUGGUUAAGCUCUUUGGAUGUUGUCUAGAAUCCAAAGUCCCCUUGUUAGUUUAUGAAUUUAUCUCUGGAGGAACUCUUUUCGACCAUCUCCAUGACAACCAACACUUUGCUCCUCUAUCAUUGCAAGUUCGUCUAAGGAUUGCUACUGAAAUUGCAAGUGCACUGUCAUAUCUCCACUAUGCUGCUUCAAUAUCAAUUUUCCACAGAGAUGUCAAGUCAUCUAACAUACUUCUUGAUGAAAGUUAUACCACAAAAGUAUCAGAUUUUGGUGCUUCAAGAUCUAUUCCUCUCAAUCGAACACAUGUAACCACAGCUGUUCAAGGAACGUAUGGUUACUUGGAUCCUGAAUACCAUCAAACAGGCCAACUAACAGAAAAAAGUGAUGUCUAUAGCUUUGGAGUCAUUCUCCUGGAGUUGCUAACCGGAAAGGAUCCAAUUUCAUACAGUAGAUAUACAGAGAGAACUCUAACUUUUGAUUUCAUUUGUUCCUUAAGAGAGAAUCAUCUCUUUGACAUUUUAGACCCCAACAUUGUGGAAGACAGAGGAGAAGAAGAGAUUGAAACAGUUGCUUCUCUUGCUGAAUUAUGUUUGAGAUUGAAAGGAGAAGAAAGGCCAACAAUGAGGGAGGUGGAAGAAAAACUUGACACCAUGCGAUGGUUCGGAAAAUUAAAGCAUGAUUUUGGUGUUAUACAAAACGGUGGAAUGACAGCAGGCUUGCCAGGCAACAUACCAGUUAAAGACAAUGCUAGUGAUUCGACUAGGCAGUACAGUCUAGAGCAGGAGCUUAUGUUGUCGCUAAUAGAACAACCAAGAUGACUUCACGGGGGCAGGGAGCAAUACGAAUGAAUGAUUUGUUGCAUGUUAAACUGAAGUUAGUAGUCACCUCAAUUGAGUCAACCUACAUGGUAUUCUACAAGGUAUCCUAUAAGGUAUAGUCAAAGGGUCAACAAGUAAAUAGUUUAUGUCAAGCAUCAUGGCAAGUAAAGGGUCCCAUGAGUUGAAUAGUCAUGAACAAUUCAAUGCUAGUAUUCAUGAUGUAUCUUUAGGGUUCGUCAUGAGGUGCCUUUUACGAUCCUAUGCAAGUAUUGAUAGUUGUCUCUUAGAUAUUCUAGUACAUUUAUGUAAGGAAUGUAUCAAGAGUCAUUAUGUAACGGUAUAAAGGCAUGUAAUGGUUCAUCCUGCAAGAAAGUCAGACGAACUAAUGGAAUGAAGUAAUACUGGAGUGUCAUGUUCCAUCUAACCUCUCCUGCUCUCUCCCAUUAUAUCAAUUAGAAU